UUGGAACUCGCAGAAGAUCAAUUAAAUAAUGUUGAUUUAAUUGUAUCUAGUGGCUUGCUCCAAGAAGAAAUUAAUAUUGUAAAUUCACAAAUAUCAGCAUUGGAAGCACGAGGAAAACCUAUUCCCGGUGAUUUGUCUGAUCGAAAGUCCGCACUUGAAAUUAAAAUGAGUUUGAUGGAAAUUCAAGUGCAAACAGGCCAAUUAACGAUUGAUAAAUAUUUGGAACAAGUAAAAGAUAGUAUUACUAGUUUCAAAAGAUUGGCUUUAACAUUUAAGAAAGCUGGUAAAAUUGAAGAUGCAAAGAAAGCACUUGCAAAAAGUAAAGUAAUGGAAAAUGAAGUAAAACAAAUGGAAGAGGCUAUGGAUGGUGGAGGAACGGACGAUAAUUUAUAA